CCCCGGCAAAAUUCCUGAAAGAUUCUUGCCCAGAACUGCAUCUGCGCGUGCGACAGAUCAACCUACUGUCACGCAUUGCCCGCCAACAAUCAACCUCAACACAAUGGCUGGCCAAGUAAACAAAAAACGCCGCACCGAGGGCCGGCAGGCGCGUCCCUCGAAGAAACAGAGGCGCAGCCAAGCGUACAACAGCGACUCGGAAGGCGAGGAAGCCCCGGCCGCCGAGGCCCCGGACUUUGAUGCCUUCAACCUGCUCGACUCGGACAACGACAUCCACAAUGCCCGCGUAGACGACGUGGGCGGCUCCGGCGACGAAGCCAGCAGCUCAGACGAAGAGGGCCCGGCGCUGAAGAAGUCGGCCAAGAAGCCGACCAAGAAGACCAAUGCUAAGGCGCAACCCGAGGAGGAGGCCGAAGAGGACUCCGAGGCCGAGGAGGAGGAUUCAGAGGAAGGCGAGGAUGAUUCAGACGACGAAGACGACGAGGACGGCCCGGUGCGGAAAAAGAAGUCAAAGCGAAACGACCCCAAUGCAUUUGCCACUUCGCUGUCCAAGAUUCUAAACACCAAGCUCUCCACAUCCAAACGAUCAGAUCCCGUCCUAGCCAGGAGUGCUGCCGCUCACGAGGCGUCCAAGGCUGCGGUAGACACCGCCCUCGAGGCCAAGGCGAGGAAACAGAUCCGAGAGCAGAAGAAGCGGGCGAUGGAGAAGGGUCGAGUCAAGGACGUGCUCGUCGCUACUGCCGUCGACACAACCGGCGAGCUCGAGACUACCACUUCGGAGAUCAUGGUGACGGAGAGGCGGUUGCGCAAGGUCGCGCAGAGAGGUGUGGUGAAGCUGUUCAACGCCGUCAGGGCGGCACAGGUCAAGGCCGUGGAGGCCGAGCAGACGACGAGGAAAACUGGUGUUAUUGGUAUGAACAGGCGGGAGGAAAAGGUCAACGAGAUGAGCAAGAAGGGCUUCCUCGACCUGAUUGCGUCGGGAGGCGGCGGACUGAAAAAGGGCGGACUCGAGGAGGCGUAAGGCACAUGUUUACGUUGAUGUUAAUGGUUAAAGUAAAGAGGAGUACGGGAAUCAUCAGGCCCCUGCUUUUAUCCGGCCUGGCAACUAAAGUCGCAACAAAGAUACCCCUAUGAUGCACCGAUCCCGCCAUCGCCGGUCCGUUUCUUCCCAGUAUAGUUACAAGUACAAAUCCCCAGUAUCAUGACAACCCCCCGUCUACCC